AUGACUUGUGCGAGGGGUAAUGUUCCAGAGUCUUUGAUUGCCUUCAUUGUGGAUCGAUAUCUAUAUCGCAAUCAAUUCUCCCAAACGCGGACUUCUUUUCGCAACGAAGCUUCAACACUCUUUGUCGAUUCACCCGUAAACGAGAAUUUGCUUAGUUUGGAGGGGAUUGUGGAUCAGUACAUAUUUACGAAGAAACAAAACAUAUUGUUGCAUAAACAAAACGUCAUGUUGAUGGAAGAGAAACACAAAACACAGAUGUUGUUGCAAGACCUACAAAAUGUUUUGGACAGUUUCAAUGCAAGAUCAUCACACUUGUCUAAUGUUGCAAGCAUAAUACAAAAUUAUGCGGGUCUUCCUUCAAUGCAAAAUAAUAGAAAUCUUCCAGGAAAUCUAAUGCAAAAUUCUAAUAGAAAUAUUCCAGUUGUGUCUACGGUCACCGAUUUCCCUAUGCAAAACACAAUGUCAGUGACACCUAGACUCAUGGACAAUAUAAACCUGUCAUCACCUAGGAUCACAAUGUUUCAACAAAAGAGAAAAGAUACGUCAACAAUAGAUGGUUGUAAAGUUGCAAAGAAACCGCGUGGUAGACCAUCUGGUAGGAAAAAUCAAGUCCAAGGUAUAAACACAUUGCUACCAUCUCCUAGUAACAAAGUAGAUUCUAGAUCUUCUUCAGUAACAACUCAGUCAUUGGUAGGGAAUUAUGCUCACAGGGGAUCACCAAUUUCAACUAAUUCAGUUUUUGGAACACUCCCCGUAUCCAGUCAAUGUGAUACACACUUGCCCUUACCUUAUCAUAUAUCCCAGUCCAGUGAGAUUUGUCCUGCUGCAGCAAGUAAUGGAGAGGUCACUGUCCCUGGUUACAACCUAAUUUCAACCAAUAAAGUCAUGGUUCAACCUGUAAAACAAACGGUUUACACAGAAGACAAUCAGGUUAUUUCUCCCAUUGGACCACAGAGUGAUCAAACAAAUAAGGCGGACACCAACAAGACAAGUACAGGAGGGACAUUGGACAAGCCACUUCUGAAUGACAUUCCUACUUCUGAGUCUGACAAGGACAUAGACAUUUGGACAAACCUUGAUUUUUCAAAUAUAGAAUCAGAUUGCUGGUCCAAAAUUGAUUUUUCAAACUUCUCUGAAGUAAACGACUCAAUCACUGAAUGUUAA